CAACAAUUCGAGAAAUCCGCCUGCACUUUCGACGCGUGUGUGAGCGUGUUGACACUGGCUAGCUGCACGGGAAGGCGGUUUGUUUUGAUUGUGUGAGUUUGCUGAGAUGACGAUUUGGAAUGUUUUGUGAAGUGCACUCCUUGUUUGGAUUAACGUUGAUGACCUCCAGUUAUUUGUGAUACAUUUUAAGGAUUCAAAAUGAUGAAACAAUUUCUUCGAGUGAAACAGAUCGCUGAUCAGAAGUUUCAACGGGGCGAGAAGAGUGGCGUAUUGACGGAGGAGUUGAAUGCGGCCGAGAAACGGGUUGACCUCAUCAAGGAGAGUUGCUACGCCACUGGAAAGAAACUUUCGGCAUGCAUGCAAAGAUUCACUCCAGAGUCCUCAGACAGGAGAAAUACGAAGAAGAUUCCAGAAGCUGCACUUGCUCAGUGCAUGGAAGAAUGGGGUCUGUCUCUUGGUGAAAAUUCCAUUCUGGGAUUGACUCUGGUGGAUUACGCUCGGAUUCAGGAGACGCUGGCCAAUGACCUGCUCGGCUACAAACUUCAGGUGGAGGAAAAUGUGGUCGAUCCACUGCAGAGCAUUCUCAAUGUUGACAUCGAAAAAAUCCUCAAAUAUCGGAAGCAACUCUUCAAACUAAACUCUGAGAUGGAAACUGCCAGAACGAGGUACCAGAGCGCCCAGCGGAGCAGCCAAACGGCGUCGGGCAACGGAGCUGCGACGGCCGCAGCCAAAGCACAGCUGCUGAAAGAGGAAACAGAAGAUAUUGUCAGCAGGGUGGACCAGUGCAGGGAUUCUUUGACAGCCGAAAUGUUCAAUUUGAUCAGCCGCGAGCCCGAGAUGUCCCAGUUGUUCGUAAAGCUGUGCCAACUACAGCUGGAAUACCACAGGAAAGCUUUCCACUUGUUGGAAUCGGCUUUGCCGGAGCUGGAAGCUCAAAUUAGGUGUUGCGCAUAUCAGCCCGUUUUUGGAAUCCCAUUGGAGGAGCACCUGAAGGUCACAAAGAGGGAGAUCGCCAUCGUCAUAGAAACCUGUGUAUGCUGGCUUCUCGAGUCUGCCAUGGAGGAAGAGGGUCUGUUCAGGAUUGGCGGCAGCAUGAUUAAAAUCAAGAAAAUGAAGAGUGCGUUUGAUGCUGGCUUCCACCACCUGAUUGAAGAGGAAAGGGACCCACACAAUGUCGCCGGUAUAUUGAAGUUGUAUUUGAGGUCCUUGCCAGAACCUCUUCUCACCUAUCAACUGUAUGACCAAUGGAUGGAGGCAGCUAUGGAACCGGACCAUGAUGCACGGCUGAGGGCUUUGUGGAGUGUCGUAAACUCUCUUCCUGAAACUCAUUUGAGAAAUCUUAGGUACUUGAUAAAGUUCCUGGCCAGAUUGUGCCAAAAUUCUGAAGUGAACAAGAUGUCCGUUCAGAAUGUUGCCAUUGUGAUCGGGCCCAACCUCAUCUGGCCACCGGUGGAUGACAGCGCACUCGGUAUGAACAUGACUGCUACAAAUUUGCACAGCUCCAUUGUGGACACUCUGAUAACUUAUGCGGAUUGGUUUUUCCCUGGAGAUUGCGAAUUCUACUUGAGCACUCCUACCUCUCCACGCCACAUCGACGGCUUUCCCGCUCAGUCCAUGUACGGAUCUCAGAUCAGCCUCACCACCGCCAAACUGUCCAAUGGAGACUCCGCGGUCGACUCCAUGUCCAGCAGCCCCACCAACAGCAGCCCCAAGUCUCCGAGUCCGCGAGCUCCUGUCCGUCCUCGAAAGAAAGCGGCUCCCAAGGCGCCUCAGUCAGGCCGGACCCAGAUCACCCGCUCCGUGUCAUAUGGUGGCUUCCACGCUUCCUCCUUGGCGCAGGCCAACCAAAUGGCGUCCGAAGGCCCUAGGAAAGCAGCCCUCAGCGUGUCUCACGAGAACCUGCUGAACGCUAGCUACAACGAUGCCGUUUUCCACGAAGGAAAAGGAAGCACUCUCAAUGAUGCUAACACUCCAAAUGGCGACACUCAAAUGAGUGAAUCCAUCACUGUUCGUCCGACUAGGUCCAAACCACCUCGACAGAGCCGCAGCGGUCUUCCUCCAGUAGCCGAGCGGAGCCGACGCAGCAUAGGCCGUCCUUCAUGUCCACCGCCCGAACGACCAGAUUCUUUUAACAGUACCAAAUCCGGCUCCAUGAGCUCUGAGGACGCCAUGUCCGGGGAUAAGGCUCUUGAUCUCGAGGACAUAAGCAUCUCCAUUGACAGCUCCGGCAGUGAGAGCUACAACGAGUGCCAAAUGUCUUUCAUGGAUGACUCGGACAAUGAGACCCUGCCGGGCUCGGAAGGGAAGCUCGACCUGGUCGAGGAGCCCGUGGCGAAGUGCGGCAAAUCGAUUCUUUCGAACCCGGAUCGUGACCAUUUGGAAGAGAACGAACAGAAGAGAAGUCCCCGAACUCAUAUUAGCUGGGAAGAUCAAAACAGCAACCAGCCUCGGGACGAGAAUCUGGACAAUGAGUGCCACUUCACUGGUGGAAUUCCUACCUGGUUCGAUCACUAUGGGGAGGACAAGCGACAAUCCAGCACACUCUGGUUCGCCAGUGACAGUUGCUUCGAGGAGACUUCCGAGAAUGCUAGUCUGAAUGAGAACUUCCGCACCGUCAUUGAGGUAGGGAGCGAGGAUGCCAAAUCGGCUCUUAAGAACACCGUGUCGGGAAUAGCGAUCAAGCUGAGAGUGAAUAGUGAGACACAAAACACCAGAUUGUGAUCUUCAGUGUUUUUUAAUUCCUUCUUUAUAUAUAUAUAUAUAUAUGUGUGUGUGUGUGCGUGUAUGUGUGUACGCCCCUCUCGUUUAGAGAUCUUUUUUUAAGUUUGAUUGCUCAUAGUUUUUAAAAUGGAUUGAAGCCUGUCUGUUACCUAGUCAAAUGCCAAAGUUGCGAAUGAUUGUUUUGUUUCUGAAAGCUGUCUGUCGAAGUUUAGUGAACUGUUCCCCAAUAUUUGAUGUUAGUGAAUGUUGCCAUGUUUCAGAAAUAUCUUCGAAAAAAUGUCCUUCCAACUAUUACUCAAAUUAGGAGUUUGGGGGGGGGGGGGUAAGACCUUGAUGUUCGCAAUGUUCUCUAACUCUGUGGUAUAAAUUGGUAGGUGUAUAUCCUACAAAAGGCUGGAAAUUACCUAGAGAUUUAAAUGGAUAUUACUGGUGUAUUUGAUCAUAUCGUUGCUUUAUUUUUCUUGAGUUUAUUAUUAUUAUUUAUUUUAAUCGUCCAUUAAUUCAGAUGCAUCUUUUUUGUAACAGUUCAAAAUACUGUGAAAGCGAAAAACUCGUAUUAAAUUAUGAACUAAUUGACAUUCAAAUUCAGAGCUCUUAAUAAAAACAGUAUUAAAUAGGCAAUUGAAUUCGCAGUGCCUUGAAAUGGAAACGGCACUGCUAUGAUCCAUCAUAUAGGGCUUACAGUAAAUUCCACUCAUGCUCUAAGAUUAACCCUUUUUUUAAUUAAUUAAACGAUUGUUGAAUGUAACUUCUUAGAAUUUAGUGGUAGUCAGAAAGUCGUCGCAUUUCUAGUUUUGAUUUUAAAUUGCAAUCAACAAUUUAUUAUUAAAACUUUGCAUAAUUCUUUUUCUUCAAAUUCGCUUGUAUGUAGAAUCGGUUUCACUGAAAGGCUUUGAUAUAUAAUCUGGCAAACUAAAAAUGGCAAAUAUAAAUGAUAAAAUAGUAAGAAUAGUGCUUGGCCCUCAGUUGGCUCAUUCUAAGCAUAGUAGAGUUUUCUCCUUUUCUUGCAGAAAUGAAGGAUUGAAAAUCUCAAUUCCAGCAACAACAAACCUCUUGCCUCAGACAACAUAGAAAUCACAUCUUAAUGAUUCAACAAUUCUUUUGGCUGUAUUAGCAUGGCAUUUCAUUAUAAAAAUACUUUCAUUUAGAUGUGUUGCGUAUGAAAUAACGAUGGAAAACAGUUCUCAAUUUUUAUAGAAAAGGUUUUAAUUACUUGAAGUUGGAGAGUAAAUAAAUGUUCGAAACAUCUUGAAUGCAUAUGCAUUGUUAAAGAGGGCGAUUCGGAUUACAAAUUUCAUUUGGUGAACACAUAGAUAUAAAGCUUUUACUGUGCAGAUAAAUAAAACUGCAACAAUAGAUUAUUUUUCAAUAUAAAUACCAUUUAAAUUUAUACUCUUCACAGAACAGUUCACAAGAUUUGAAACUGCUUAUUCAUAAAAAUCUGCUACCGGUGAAUGAAAUCUCUUACAACAGCAUUACGGAUAGCAUCGGUCCAGUGUAAACUACCGUUUCGUAUACUCAAAGAGAAGGUAAUCUCUUGGCGCUAAAUCUGGGAAUGAUGAAAAACAUAUGAAAGAAGCUUUCACUGUAUAUCUGGAACCAUAACGCAACUUUGCAUGCGUUAGGACUUGUUUUAGAUAUUAGUUCACACCAUUCGCAACCGUUCCCAAUAACCGUUUUCGGAGAUGGGAAUUGUGCUGCUGCUCUCACUUCACAACUGAUGCGAUUUAUAUUUCAGCGUUCAUUUUUCCUUAAUCUGUUUGAUGAGGGAAUGGCAAUAUACUCUUCUAGUUUAUUCAUCACUUUAUAAGGACAUCCAUGUGCCGCGAGCGGGAAGAUGGUGCUGUCAGUGCCUUUUUUGAGCAUGAUGAAACAGAGCUUAAUUUUCGAAUUCCCCUCGUGUUUCAAAUUCUGAGGUGUCCUUGUAUUUCUAGAGUCAGAUUUACAAAAUAAAGCAACACAUAUUUAUAAAGAUAUCCAAAAUGGAUGAAGAUAUUUUCUUCUCGUGAUGCAUUCAGUGCAAGAGCACUGAACUAUAUCACUUCAAUCACGUGAUGGCCACAUUGCAGUGAAUGUUGACGAAUUUCAUGAAAGUUCAGCUGCAACUCUACGCUAUAAAAAUGGAAUGUGUCUUAAGUAAAAAGCCUUUAUCUAAGAUGAUAGCCAUUAAAUUUAAUUCUAAUCAAUGGUUGUGACUAAAAAAGGGUUAAGAAAAAAAUCAUUAUCGACAUGAUCUUUAAAAAAAAUGCAUACUUUAAUUGAACAACAAACCCUCAACCUAAUUGAAUACUUGAAAGCAGCGGACAUCUCUCAGGUGAGAGUCUUCCCUCCUAGAGCAUUCCUCCCGCGUCCGAGUAUUAUGCCGUCUUGCAUAUCAUAUUUGCAAAUAAUCUAUUUUUGAGAGUGACGCUUUUCAGACCCCGCAGCUAAGUACCAUAAGUAUUUUCCGACAUAUGGUCACUAGUCAAUUUUAUAAUGAGGUUUUCCAAGAUUUUUUUCCAGCCUGCACUGUGUGUUUUGGAAGCAGUAAAAUUUUAUUGUGGUCUCCGAAAGGCUUUGUAUUACUGAUUUGUAAAUAAAAUUCAUAUUUAUAUUA